AUGAGUUCCAACAGAAAACGUGAUCGCGAUGGGCAGCUUAGCUCUAAGAAGCCUAGGGGAGAAAAGCCCGGGGAAGAGAAGCCUGGAAGAGAGAAGCUGAAUGUGCCUGCGCCGGCUGCUCUACAUAGCCAGCCUAGCCAACUCGCCAGUUCUGCCAGAUGUGGCGGCCUAACCGUCGACCAAGAACGCGGCCAGCGAGAUGCUGCCGCACAGGGCAACCCCUUUACGGAGGGUACGAAACCGACGCUACCGAUCAACCCAUUUUCGCCGCGGGAGCCGCUGUCUUCUAAGCUUACUAGUUAUCCUUGGGCAGAGGUUGGGAGACCGCCUGCGCUGAGCAACCCUUUUGCGGGAACUGCGAAACCGCCUCCUGGUAACCCUUUUGUAGAGGGUACCAGACCGGAGCCGCCAAGCAACCCUUUUGCCAAGCCGCCGCCUUCCCAGCCGAACAACCCUUUCGCAGAGGUUCCAAGACCGCAGUUUUACGAGCAGAGAGCCCCAUUCGAGAAAUCCGGCUUGUUUCCGCCGCCGGUCGACCCCGAAAAAUGCGCCCUCCCCAAGAUCGACUCCGACCGGAAUGAGCCUGAACGGUCUCAGGGGGAGCUGAGACGGCAGAAGAAGCUGAGAAUGCGCCUUCAGAUGGAGAAGGUCUCGGUAGCCGCAGAUAUGGCGUUAAAGGCGAUGAAACGCGUCGAGCACGAGAUCGAUCAAGAAAGCGGCGACGAUUCUGCAUCUCCGCGACCCGCCAACCCGUCUCCGUCCGGCUUCGAGGAGCUCGUGCAGGUUGUGAUUUGCGGGAACUGUGGAAAGCCGAACCAUAAGCUGCAUAUAUGUCCAGGGCCGGUCGAAGCCGACGGUUGCGUGGCGGGCUGCCCGCUCCAUAACACCAAGGAGCACAGCCUCGACGAUUGCCGUCCAAGUUGGGAUGUUCCGGAGGAGACAGUAUUUAGAAUACUGAUCUCGCGCCGGGCCGGUCUUCCUCCGUUGAGAACGAGCCUAAGCUGGCCGCAGCUUGCUGUUGCGAACGCUGAGAAAGGGUUGCGUGCCAUCCCGGUGGCUGCGUUCCCUUUGACGCGUUCGUUCAGCUGUCUGGUGCCUGACGAGCUUAUUCAACGCUACAGCGUGAAUAACCCGUCGGUAAAGCAACUGGGGGUCGAUCCCCGCACGCACACGUACGCGGAUCUGAUCGAGAAUAUCGAGCCCUGGGUGGUGAGCGAGAGAGAAAAGCCGGUCAAGGAGGGAGAGUCAGAGAACGAGGAGCAUUAG